AUGGCAUCGCGCAUCAUUCAACUCCAGGGCCUCCAUUGCCACAUCGCUGAGACCCAGUUGCCUACGUGGGUGCCUGGAAUGCAUCCAGAUACACACCCUGAUAACCCACGCUUGGUCGGCUGCAGAGAGUCCUUUUCAGUACUGGACGGCAGAGACACCUUGGAUAAUUUCGAGGAAAAUACCGUGGACGAAAUCCUCGCGCGACUGUUUCCGAAGCAGACGCUAGAAGGUCACUCCUUUGGUCUAGACGAUCACGGCCUCGUCAAUCGCAAGAUCCUGGAAGGCAUGCAGAAAGGAAAGAAAGGUGAGGAUCUUUACCAAUGGGUCAAGGAGAAGAUGGUGAAUUACACCAAACCAGAAGCACACCAAAUGCGUAAGGCGUUGAAGAAGGCAACAACCCUCGAGAAGGAGCAGCACUUCUUGUGUGAAGACCAACUGAAAGAACUAGCAGACUUCCACUUCUCAGCUUCAAAGAUGAGUUACAAGCUGACUGGAGAGAUGAUUGCGAGGGAGCAAAGGGCGCGGCUCGAAGAUGCCAGCGUCGAAGCGGCUUUGCGAUGGGACAUAUCGAGGCUGCUCUGCAUGAUGAUUGGCGGAAUAAUUCAGAAGAAUCAGCAAGAAGGCCGUCCGACGCUUUUGGAGAUCUUUAAUGCUGAUGACAAGGUUGACAUCUUUCUCGCCGUGGAGGUGUGCGUCCCUCUUCGGGAAGUAUUCGGGUGCUUUUUGCCUCAUUCUGCUAACGAAGUUAGCACAGGGGAAGCAGCUGAGGACGUUGGCGGUGCUGGUAGUGGUGACCUUGCAGCGGCUGCAGAAGAAGAUGGCUUUGGCAGACUUCUCCCAAGAGAGGACGAAGAUGUUGUAAUGGGAGAUGCUGUUCAUGAUCACCUCCUAGACGGCGGCGAGCCGGGCGCAGACGUGGAGCGCAGCGCCCCGCACAUUAGCAGUGGAUUUGGUAUCUUCUUUGUCAGAUGACUAGCAGUGAGGACGUCAGACAAACAAGUUCAGGAAGUCACUGCGUCGCUAUGUAUUGUUCAUAGACUGAACAUGUUCAACUUACAACCCCACAGGGCGGCAUACAUACGACGAUGGAGCGGCGGAGAACGAUAACCCACGGUCAGAAGUGAUGCAUUUUCGUUUUCCCGAGGGCGUCAAGUCGUGGACUUUUGUGCUUCCUACGGAUCGCGAAGCUGCUACGAAGUCGCACGUGAAAGGGUUGUAUGUCGACUCAAUCUUCAUGAAAGAAGCCGUUGAUAGCUUGCACCAGUGGAGAAUCGGAGUAGUGCCGGGGGCAUACAUGGACAUCAAUGUAGAGCAUCGGACUCGUUUUGCUGUUCGCCGUGACUACGUUCCGCAGUCGGUGUUUGAGGCAGGGAUAGACGCGGGCUUCUUGACCAGUAAGAACUUUCUAGUAAACUACACUUCAUCAAAGAGUCGCGACUUGCGCGCCGCUUGUCUCUACCUUUUAAAGGAGGAGCCGUCGCGCAUCAACCUCUUCCGCGGGCCGUGUUUCGAGCCAAAAGCAGGCAAGUUUCUGAACGACACGACCAUCGGCCUGAUCGGUUCUACGGGUAGUGCACCUAUCGUUGCGGGCGCAAGCGGUGGCUUAGGUGCGCCUUCGUCAAGUUCCUCCUCAUCUUCCAGCUCGUCCUCUUCAUCAACUGGGAACCUCCGGAUCGCACCACCAUGGCGCACAUCGUCAAUCCUCUCUCGCGAUAGAACCCGUGGUAGAUUCGGCGACAGGUUGAGUGAGUCUGUUUCUGGAAUGGCCCGAGUUGGCGAUGCGGAUCCGGUGAUACCUGAAGCACCACAGCAAAGCAGUUUGCCAGCAAGGUUCAACUCGGCUCAUCUCUUCAACGCAGUUCCGUUUUCGACCAGUACAGCAGCCGCAGCUGGAGAAAGCUCCAACGCCAAUGACGGCAACAGGCUGUUUGAGGAGUUUGGCAGCAUCGCGAGUGGGGAACUUCGCCACAGCGAUCUAUCUCACUUUGCGCAGUUUUUUGGAUCGGUAACGCACAAGCGCGCGUUGGAGUGGGCGGAGACGCUUGCUACUCUAUACUAUGGCCAGAAGAAAGGCGAGGCGAAGAUUCUCGCUGCUGGAUGCUACAAGUCGGUUAGUAGCGAGGGGAAGGAGGUGCAGGUUUCGAGCAUGAAGCUCACCUGCGAAAAGGUGGUGCUCGCAUUGCAGAAAGCCGAAACUGCGGCCACAAGAAAAAGCAAGAAGAAAGGACCGGCGCGACCCAUCACGGCGGCACAGGAAAAUGCUCAACCUAAGAGGCAGCCGAAUAAGAAGGAGAAGAGGAAGGCAGCAGCGGCGCUUCUGUUGCGGGUGCCUGGUUUAGGAGGUGCGGUUCGGCGCGAGGUCGUCGCAGAGGACAGUGACAGCAGCUACAUUGACGACGCAGAGGUAUUGUUGAUUUUUGUGUUCAGAUUGUGCAUUUGUAUCUGUCGCUCAGGAAAAGAACUGCACUUGUUCACGACUGUGUGUCACGUUAAACAUCAUAUUGAAAUCAAACAGAUGACCUGCGAGCCUUGUAGCGAAGACGACGAUGAGCAUUUGGACUACAGACUUGGGGAUCCGCUUGAUGGGGUGGACGACAUGCCUAAUCCACCGCCCCGGCCGACAGAUCUGGCGAAGCAGCUGAUUAAGUCUGCGUUUUUGGGACCGAGAAAGCAGGAGCUGGAGAAGGCGAGGUUGAAUUGGCACCGAGAAGAUGACGACUUGAUUGAUCUUCAUGCUCAUGAAUGCGAUCGCUGGUAUCAUCUGAAAUGUGCAGGAUGUAAGAAGGUCCUUGGCAAAUAUCGCAGAUGUUGGAUGAACAAAGGGAACGGGCCGACAGCUUUUGCCACCAUGAUUGGCCAACGCCGCGAGAUAUCUGUUGCUCUUGGACCUUUGCGACACAUCAGACGAUCUGCGAAGAACGCACCUAUUCCGCGUUGUUUAUGCGGCUACUGGUUGCUUGGAACGCUUUUUUCCGAUAUCGAAUGCACAAAAAAGGUUGGGAAGCUUUGUCUUUGGUGGUGUGCAGAGCACUGGUUGCGAGCACGUUUGCGUGCAAUGGACGGCAGUCCAUGCACCUGUGAACCAGGUAAGUGGUAUAAACACACAGAGUUGAAACUUUUGAAAAAGGCCGACACUUUUACUGCCCGCCGAUCUGAAGACGCAUGAUGCGGGUGGAACAUGAUAAGCCACUUCUUCCCAGUUUCUACAUAAUGAAAACAUUGAGCACAACUAGAUCGUCAUAAUUCCACAUCUUUCAGUGAAAAUUAUUAGCUAUCUUCCUCACGUCUGAUUUCUGACAUAUCACUACUCAUCCGAUCGGUACUAUUUUGCUUUUAAAUUUACAAGCUUCAUAUCCUUCUAAUCAUGGCAAUCACUUCGCAUAUCUUCUAUCUCAUAUCUUAAGCGAGUAGUGCUUCAAAUUUCUCGGAGUACAUGAUUGAAACGACCCCUAACACACACAGACCGACCCACUUUUUUGGAGCUAUUCAGCCGACUACUUUUUUGCAGAUCCAUGAGCAUACUCAUUAAUAGACAUCACUGAGACGUCACCACUUAUUUCCGUGUCAUGUUUUAGGUCAAGAAGUCUCUUCAUAUAA